AAGACGUUCGUGGAACAGUGAGGCAAAACUCUAAAUCGACUCCAAAAUUGUUCCUUAGUUUUCACGUGUUUACGUUCUAAAGUUUACGCUGUCUUAUUCCCGUAGUUGCUAUUAUACGCACCGUAAGGCCAUAUGAUCCACAAAACCAAAAUCCGGAGUGCAUCCAGGUUAAUUCACAUCAAUUUGUAAGGACUUAACUUUUGUUUUUCUUGGCCUCUAAAUUAUGGAUAUGCAGAGUAGUGGAAAAGGUGGAAGAGGGAGGCGAAGUGGGAACCGAGGCAGGGAGGACACGCCAGAUGUGCGUUUAUCGAAAUCAAUGACAUAUGCGCUGCGGCACGGAGCAAGUAAAAUGGGGCUGCACAUGAACUCGGAUGGCUUUGUGUUUGUGGAUGAUCUCAUCUCACAUCCCCAGUUUCGGUCAUUCUCGCUGGAAGAUGUGGAGAGGGUGGUGGCCAACAAUGACAAGCAGAGGUUCAAACUGCGCAGGCACCCAGAGAACGGGCGUCUGCAGAUAAGAGCCAAUCAGGGCCACUCAGUACAAGUGGCAGAUCUGGAGCUGAGAGCAGUGCACCCUGAAGCUCAGGACUUCCCACAGGAGGGAAUCCAUGGCUCCUACCUGAAACACUGGCCCUCCAUCCGCAACCAGGGCCUGAGCAGGAUGGGCAGAACACACAUACAUCUGGCACCUGGACUGCCAGGAGAACAGGGAGUUAUUAGCGGUAUGAGGAAAAACUGUGAAUUGGCCAUUUACAUUGAUGUCCCUAAAGCCAUAUCAGACGGCAUCCCGUUCUUCUGGUCAGAGAAUGGAGUCUUACUGACACCUGGUGACUCGGAGGGAAAACUUGCUCCCUGUUACUUCCGUAGAGCUGUGCAGCUCAAGCCCUCUCAGUGUGAACUGCAGCUGGAGUAGCUGGUCCUUGACAUAAAUGGAGCCAUAUGACUGCUUCAGCGGCUUUUCACACAGUGGUUAGACUCGUCCCACCGUUACCAAGACAACUGCUGCAUUUUUAAAAGUGACAAAACCACAAACACCUAUCUGAUCAACAUCCCCUGUUGAAAAGGCAGGUUUUACCUUUCAGCACAACUCCAGAUACCAUGGCCUUCUGGCCUUACACAGAUACUUACAUAACUUGAGUAACAUAACAACAAUGAAUGACCCAAAUCUGUAUUAGGCAAGUGUUAUCAAACCGGAGGCAGAUGCUAACCGUUAUUUUGGUUAACCGAAAGUAUAAGCAUGUGUGUUAUAGAUAGGAACACGCGUGCGCUUAUAAACCACCACCAAGUACUUAUGAGUGCCUCUGCAGACCAAGUCAGUGGUUUCCUGACUUGUCACUCAAACAAUUGAGUUUGUCGUUUGUGUUCUGUCCUUAGUCAACUGUGUUGUUCUAAGUGUAACAAAGGUUUUUUUAAAAGCAACAAUGUGUCCUGCUUUUCAUGGACAUGCUGUUUAUUUGAAAAGGUAAAUUGUCAGCCUAUGAAAAUGCUGUGCAGUGUGAAUUGGGUGAAAUUCAAGAUAAGAUAUUGUGUUUGAUGUCCAUUUUAGGCACCUGUUAUACUUCCUUUUUUGAGUUCCUGAAAUAUAUGAAAAUCUGGGUGUGACCAUUUCCAUCUGCA